AUGAAGGUCCUGUUUCUCACUGUUGCACUAAGCCUGUUCUCCAUCCUCCAUGCUGAUGACUUUACAUUUUCUGAAUUUAGACCAUUGGAGGGCACGUACUACGUGAAGGUCAUUUCAGUAGACAAGGAAUUUCCUGAGGGGGAGAUGCCUAGGGACAUAUCACCUUUGAUCAUCACCUACCUUGAUGAUGCCAGAAUGGAGGCCAAAUUUACCAUGAAGAAGGAUGACAACUGUGAAGAGAUUAAUAUGAUGUUGAAAACAACAGAUGAACUCAGUAGAAUUACCAUGAACAGAUGCCCACACUACACCUGUGCCACAGUGAAAACAUCUGAGGAGAAAUAUAUGAUUCUAUAUUGUCAAAGAGGAUUUCAAGGCAAGCAGAUCAGAAUGGCCCAACUUGUGGGUCCAAAUACAGAUGAGAACCCAAAAGCCCUACAGGAAUUUUACAGGUUUAUCUACAGAGAAAGAUUUGAUGAAAGAAGAAUCAUCACUCCCAGACAAAUUGGUAAUAAAGAAUGA